ACUAAAAUCAAAUGAACUCAUCAACUAGAAAGCGAAAAGUCAUGAUGUUCGUAUGAAGAGUGGGGAGUAAUGAUUUAGAUUUCGGGAGUUAAAGACCUAAUUAUUGUUCCACCCAUUUCCGUGUAUAAAAUGAAGAGUAUUGACUUCGUAGAGGUGGGAGAGCUCUUCCUCAUUGGCGGAUUGUAUAUCUCAGCGAGUGUAAAAAUGAGACAGACACCAAUAUGCAUCGUCCCACCGAUUCCCGGCUUCUUCGGGAUAAAUAAGAAGGUCUGUACGGGAAUUAAAAACUUCUGUUGGUCUUGUGUCACGCAUUAGUUGGUUGGUUCUGUUCUGUUCGGUUAUAUUCUGUUGUGAUGUGCUCUGGUGAUUGGUGUCACAAUUCAGCUAUUGUGGAAAGGCAAGGGGACCCUAAGAUGGCAAGACUACUUGCUGUAGGGCUGCUAGCCCUGAUGACGGUGUCGGUGAAAUCCGAGGGAUUCUUUAAUUGUCUUCGGGGUAAUGACAGCCUCAAGUGCGGGAGGAAAACCAUUGACACAUCUCUUGAUGAGACGAAGCUGGAGGGCACCGAGAGGAAAAUUCCUAUUAGCUUUAGCAGCAUCGUUGAAGAAUCUGCUAAUCUCUUUCUUGAUGGCGUCCACACCAUUUUUGGGGUGGAAAGAAGAAACUCUAGAGAAGACCAAAUUGACACCGCUAGUCGUGAAUCCCGGCACAAGUUCUUUCUGAAGAAGAAGAAGAAGAAGUUGUCGAUGCUGAUUAAAAAGAUGAUACCUUUUCUGAUGCUGUUGAAGGCGAAAAUUUCACUGAUCCUGCAGAUGAUCUCGACCCACUUUCAAUUCAAAUUCUUUAUAAUCGGUGUUCUCAGCAUCAUCAUCAACGGGGUACGGCUAUUUCUAGACUUGAAGAAAUCGCAUAAUCCUCACAAGAUCAUUCACUACACAAAUGCCGAGCAUCAGCAUCAUUAUGAACAGGAUGACGAGGCCUAUUGGAGAAGAUCCGCCGAGAAUGUGGAUUAUACUCCACAGGAGAGGGCUUACAGUGCUUACGCGAUCAAGCACUGAAGCCUUUACUUCAAUCAGCGGAGGAGUUUGAACCAAAUUCUGCGACAAAAAUUGUCAAUUGAUGGGUAAAAAUCGAUCCAAUAACAUAUCAAAAAGUUCAAAGGGCAAUUCAUUCAAUUUCAUUAAACAUCGCGGACUUUCCACCGGUUAUUGCAAAAAAAUAUAUUUUCAGCAAAAGUGUCUAUUAAUUUAAAGGGGCAUCCAAUAUGCUAUAGAAUCAUUAAGAAGUUAAUUAAAUAGUUAUAUUGCAUCAUUCUACCCCGUUGAGCCACCGAACAUUUUGAUUGAUCUGAUUUUUUUUCAACAGUUUCAAUGUUCUCUAAAUAUUAUGAUAUGUUGAGGUUGAAUUUUACAUUUUCAUCGGUCUUAUUGACGGGACAAUUAUGUUUAUCAUAAUCUGUAAAUACUUGACAAAAAUAUUGUCAUCUCAGACAGUUGAACGAUGGGGGAAUGUCAACCGAACGAACAAGGAUGUCCCACUUUCAAAUGUGAAAAAAUUUAAAUUCCUUGUAUCGCCUAUCAAAUUCGAACCACCGUUAUGCCAAUGUUGCCGCCAUAUGGUAUUUCUUCACCAAAAAUAUCGGCAUUUCGGUCAAUCUACGGAAUUUUCUAAUCCGUUAUCGUAAAAGCUCAAUAGCUAUAAGAUUGGUUUUAUUUAUUUAAAUUAUUUAUUAUUGAAGCGUUACAAUAAAUAUUCAUUAGUAAGCAAUAUGCAUGGUAAUUUUUGGAUUUUCCGACUGACGAUCCUUUACUCGAACUCAAUUAGAAAAUCCGACGUUAAUUUUGAAUAAUUUCACACUGAUAUAAAUUAUAAAUUAGAUUAAUCUAAUGAUAGAUAUUUUUGUAGAGUAAAUGAUAGAAGACGAUUGGACUAUUUAACCCACCGUCAAUGCAAGUGCUCCAAAAUGUCUUUUGAAAUGUGUAUGUCUUUCUAUGUUUUUCAUUAAAUUAAAUGGGAAAUGGGAAAUUGGGAGAAAGUGACAGGGAGGAACUAUCUAACAGUAUGGAAACUACAGUCUGAAGAAGGAUGUUACAAUAAAAAUAAAAAAUAAUAAUU